GUCGCUGAUUUGACGGCAAAAGGGAGAAACUCAACAGUUGUUGCUGCUUAUUGUUUGCAUGUCGACGUGCAUAUCACUACCAUGUGGAGGCUACUACAAUCCUGUUGUUGCUGCUGGUGGAUUUUCUCCCUCGUUUUGCCUGCCUUCGUGCUCCUCUGGGCCGAGUGUCAUCCUGCGCUGACAGGAAGCCAAGCCGAGUCCCAAGCCCCUAUCCAAGGCCUUCGCAGAGCCACAGCCGGCGGGACACGACUCCGGAGAGCCGCCACCGAGGAGACCUACUGGGCCUACUCAGGUAUAUACGGGCCAGAUGAGGGAUGGUCAUCAGCCUACCCAGAAUGCAGAGAGAGAAACCAGUCACCAGUCAACAUUGUGGACCAGGAUACCAAAGUAUCCACAGAGUAUCAGGAACUGACACUGGAGGGCUUUGAUAGUGAAUCAUCUAAUAAGACAUCUAUGAAGAACACUGGCAAAACAGUGGCCAUUAUGUUGAAGGAUGAUUAUUUUGUUCGAGGAGCAGGCCUACCAGGGAGGUUUAAGGCAGAGAAAGUUGAGUUUCAUUGGGGUCCGAGCAACGGAUCUGAGGGCUCUGAACACAGCAUCAAUGGCCGGCGUUACCCUGUGGAGAUGCAGAUCUACAUGUACAACUCAGACGACUUUGACAGCCUCAGUGCUGCGCUCAGGGAGAGGAGGAUCAUUGCAGCUAUGGCAGUUUUUUUUCAGGUGGGAGGGAAGGACAACCCUGCAGUCGACCCCAUCAUCCACGGUCUGAAGGGUGUGGUUCAUCAUGAAAAAGAGACAUUUUUGGAGCCAUUUGUGCUGAAGGACCUGCUGCCAUCCUCGCUGGGAAGUUACUAUCGCUACACCGGCUCUCUGACUACGCCGCCCUGCAGUAAGGUGGUGGAGUGGAUCAUUUUCAGCAGACCUAUAUACGUCUCCUACAAACAGUUGGAGGCUUUCUACUCAAUCUUCACUACGGAACAGCAGGACCAUGUUAAGUCGGUGGAGUAUCUGCGCAGCAACUUCAGGCCCAUCCAGAGCUUGGAUAACCGCCACGUCUUCAAGUCUGCAGUCAAAGACGCCUGGUUACCCGACCUCACUGACAGCGGCAGUGGGCCGUAUGGCACAGAAGCUUCCAAAGUGUGCAGCAGCGCUCCCUUCAACAUGAAGGUGCAGCAUGUGAACAGCAGCGCUCUGGUAGUUCGCUGGGCUCACCCCGAGGUCACCUACCACCCGCCCAUCCUCCACUUCCUGGUGUCCUACAGCUGGACGGCCCAUGAUGACAGCUACGAGGAGACGCACCUCACCGACGCCAAACACAAACUGGAGGCUGUCAUUUCUCCCGUCUCCCCGGAUGUGCUGUACCUGUUUCGCGUUCAGGCCGUCUGCACAAAUGACAUGCGCAGUGACUUCAGCCAGAGCAUGCUCUUCAGAGCAAACACCACCAGGAUCUUUGAAGGGACAAGGAUUGUGAAAACUGGAAUGCCGACGGUGUCUCCAGCCUCCUCAGCUGACAUGGCUCCUAUCUCCUCUGGUUCAUCUACCUGGACCUCCUCGGGCAUCCCCUUCUCCUUUGUCUCCAUGGCAACAGGCAUCGGCCCUUCCUCCAGUGGUAGUCAGGCAACGGUGGCGUCUGUGGUGACCAGCACUUUACUGGCCGGCUUAGGCUUCAGUGGCGGCGUCAUCUCCUCCUUCCCAAGCUCAGUUUGGCCAAGCAGAGCACCAACACACAAUCCCCGCUCCUCACGGCCAACCAGUCAACCUGCCGAGCCCACCAAAGAUGCCACCGCCUCUUCCACUUCUGUCACGACGGCCGCCGCCAAAGAUAGCGGAGAGGCCGGGGCUGAGGAUAGCGAAAACAGCAAGGGUCAAGGAGAGGAGGGAGAAAGAGAAGGUGAUGAUAAGGAUGAAGAGGAGGAAGAAGAUGAGAAAGAUGAGAAGAAGGAGAGGAAGGGAUCAGGGGGUAUGAGUGAGGCAAGGAGGAAGGACAAUGACACAGUGGUGAACGAGCCGCCCAGUGAGACACCUGACUCCACCGCAAAGGAGAAAGAACCAGAUCCGACUAACGUGCCACCUGGCGUAGAGGACCAGCUCGAGGUGUACACCCAUAAUCCACUUGACUCUAACCUCACCACAGCAGAGACAGCCAAUGAAACCGCUGCGUUCCCUGCUCUGGAGGGGCCCACAGCAACACUCAGACCCAGCACAGGGGAGGCCAAGAAACACUGGCCUUUCUCCAUCCAUACUGAUCGUCCCAGUGCAGUGACCAACCUGACCCACAAGGCGAGGCCUGGGUCUGGGGCGGGGCUGGGCCGUGUGGAGUGGUUGGUACCUUUGGUGGUGGUCUCAGCUCUGACCUUCCUCUGCCUUGUCGUGCUGCUGGCUGUGCUCGUCUACUGGAGGAUGAACGCUCUUUGCUCUCUGCUCUGUAUCAAAUACAGGCGUUGUUUCCAGACAGCCCAUUUCUAUGUGGAAGACAGCAAUUCUCCCAGGGUGGUGGCCAAUGAGACAAUCCCUGUCAUCUCCAUCCCAGAUGACAUGGAAGCCAUUCCAGUCAAGCAGUUCAUCAAACACGUGUCAGAACUCUACUCAAAUAACCAACAUGGAUUCUCUGAAGAUUUUGAGGAGGUUCAGCGCUGCACUGCAGAUAUGAAGAUCACAUCAGAGCACUCCAACCAUCCUGACAACAAGCACAAGAACAGAUACAUCAACAUAGUGGCCUAUGACCACAGCAGGGUGAAGCUGAGGCCGCUGGCUGGGAAGGACUCCAAACACACCGACUACAUCAAUGCCAACUAUGUAGAUGGUUAUAAUAAGCCUAAAGCUUACAUCGCAGCCCAGGGACCUCUCAAGUCCACAUUUGAGGAUUUUUGGCGGAUGGUGUGGGAGCAGAAUACAGGCAUCAUUGUAAUGAUCACCAACUUGGUGGAGAAAGGACGGAGAAAAUGUGACCAGUACUGGCCAACAGAGAACAGUGAAGAGUACGGCAACAUGGUAGUCACACUGAAAAGCACCAAAGUUCACGCCUGCUACACUGUGCGCCAUUUCACACUGCGCAACACUAAAGUGAAGAAGGGUGGGAAGGGGAACCCGAAGACACGGGCCCAGAGUGAGCGCACAGUGCUCCAGUACCAUUACACCCAGUGGCCAGACAUGGGUGUCCCCGAGUACACCAUGCCCGUCCUCACCUUUGUCCGCAGGUCCUCAGCCGCCCAGAUGCCUGACAUGGGGCCCAUGCUUGUCCACUGCAGUGCUGGAGUGGGUCGGACAGGGACGUACAUCGCCAUCGACAGCAUGCUGCAGCAGAUCAAAGACAAGAGCACAGUUAAUGUACUCGCCUUCCUCAAACACAUACGCACCCAGCGCAACUACCUAGUCCAGACUGAGGAGCAGUACAUCUUCAUCCACGAUGCCUUGAUGGAAACCAUCCUGGGGAAGGAGACGGAGGUGGCGGCCGGCCAGCUUCACAGCUACUUCAACAGCAUCACCACACCAGGCCACAGUGGACGCACGCAUGUGGAGAAACAGUUCAAGUUGGUUACACAGUGCAAUGCCAGAUUCAUGGAGUGCUUCAACGCUCAGAAGGAGUGCAACAAAGAGAAAAAUCGAAACUCCUCCGUGGUUCCAUCGGAGCGAGCGAGGGUUGGCCUAGCACCUUUGCCCGGCAUGAAAGGCACCGAUUACAUUAACGCCUCUUACAUCAUGGGUUACUACCGCAGUAAUGAGUUCAUCAUUACCCAGCAUCCUCUGCCCCACACCACAAAAGACUUCUGGAGAAUGAUCUGGGACCAUAAUGCACAAAUCAUUGUUAUGCUGCCUGCCAACCAUGGACUGGCAGAGGAUGAGUUUGUGUACUGGCCCAGCAGGGAGGAGGCCAUGAACUGCGAGGCGUUCACUGUCACCCUCAUCAGUAAAGAUCGACUCUGUCUGUCAAAUGAGGAGCAGAUCAGCAUUCACGACUUCAUCCUCGAAGCUACACAGGAUGACUAUGUAUUAGAGGUUCGUCACUUUCAGUGCCCCAAGUGGCCGAACCCUGACGCACCCAUCAGCAGCACCUUCGAGCUCAUCAAUGUCAUAAAGGAGGAGGCGGCCAUCCGCGAUGGACCAACCAUCGUCCAUGAUGAGUUGGGAGCAGUGUCCGCCGGCAUGCUGUGUGCCCUCACCACUCUGUCUCAGCAGCUAGAGAGCGAGGGUGCCGUUGACGUCUAUCAAGUGGCCAAGAUGAUCAACCUCAUGAGGCCAGGAGUCUUUACUGACAUUGAUCAGUACCAAUACUUGUACAAAGCUCUGCUCAGCCUUGUCAGCACCGAGGAGAACGGCUCGGGUCUUCUGUCCAGGAACAUUAACGGGACCAUGGCGUCCAUGUCAGACCAGUCUGACCAGGCAGAGAGUGUGGAGUCGCUGGUCUGAGACCCUUCAGGGGGGCCGGAGCUGAGCUGAGGGCGUCCUGUGGGUCCAAACACCCCUGCGACCUCCCUGAGCCCACGAAGGAGGCACUUAACUUUGUAAACCGUCAAGGAACUAUUGUGGACAAGACUUUUUGAGGCCUUUUUUGCCAGACUCUUGGUUAAAAUGAAUAACCUGAUUACUUUUUUACACUGAAAAGUUUUUGAUAUUUAUUUUUUUCGCCAUUUUAUGUCUUAAUGUUCUCCUACUGAAGGGUUUGCACCUGCGUUUUUAAGUUUCACGACGGCGACGUAGGCAACGAGAAACACUUUUCUGUCUUUUCUUGUUUGCACUAUAUAAUGUCAGUGUUACUGCCUAUACUAAAGCUGACUCACUUGGCUUCUCUCCACUCAAGCUCUGAUUUUUUUUGACAUUCCACAGCUUUGGCCCUUAUUAAACCAACUGCUUCUGUGAAGGACAUUGUUCUGCCUGCCACGUCCCGGUUGAUUUACGACAGUGGAGGGAGGGAGGCACGAACUCGUCUCCGCCUCAGUAACAAAAUGCUGUUUGACUUCACACUGACUUCAGCUCAGCGUAACCUCCCCCCCCCCGCUCAUCUAUACUACUCAUAUUACCACUCAUUUAUCACAAGAACAAGAUCUUGGAACUUAUUGCCACAGACAAGUAGCGCUUGUUUUAUAAAUUAAUUUCCUCUUCACCUUUUUAUUUUGUGGUUGUUUUUUUUUUGCCUUGUUUUGAUGUCACUCUCCCUCAUAUUGGCGAGUCACACCCAUGUUAGAAUACCUACGUCGGUGUAAUAACUGCUACUGUGAACUUUUAUUAUUUCUUUGUAUAAUUCAUAUUAUGCUUUUUAAUAUAUGGAAAUACUGUAUGUAUACAUAUAUAAAUAUAUCCUUAUCA